AUGGCAGCAUCCAUACCAGGCAUUGGAAGGAUUUUAUGCCGUGUGAGCCCUUUGCUUUUACAGAAUAUUCGGCAGAAUAAGGUAUUUCACAAUUAUUUUAUAUAGUGCGUCAGAUAAGCAAAAGCUAGGACAUCUGCUGUACACCUACAAAUACGUUACACAGAUAAAGUCAGAUCAUGAACAGUGACCGAACUACCGUCGGCUAAUAAACACUAGCCAGCUAGUUAAGUUACAGAGCUAGCAACAUACCUGACUUUGUGCACUGUGCAUAGUCACUGUACAUCAUCCAAUGCAACCCCAGUAAUAUGUUUCACAGAACCAGACUAUGCAAAAUGAUCAGCAUCGUUGUCUUGUGUACAGUACACUGAUUUGCAAGUUUCAUACUUGAUGAUGACUUGACUGACAGUCACAGGGUGUGUUUGUUUCUAUCUUCCAAAGAGGUUACCUGUCAGGCUUUGGACACAGCCUGUGUUUCCAGGUGUGCAGUCCAGCCUCUCUCUAUGCACUGCAGCCUCAUCUGAGUUCCACAGUGAUGCCGCUGAGGCAGUGGAGGCUCUUGCCCGCUACAAGGACAAACCAUGGGACUACCUGGAGAGCGAAGGUAUGGAGAUUAGAGCUUGAAUAUCUACACUACGCACUCUGCUUUUUUUUUUUUUUAAGGGAUGGUUCUGCAGACCCAGACUGUCUACUUCUGCAUCCUGCACUAAAAAGCAUGCUCAAUGGAGAAUCUCCAUUCAAAUAGUCCAGGAAUAGUGUAAUGAAUUUCUGUUAAUGCAGCCAUAUGUGACCAUUGACUUUGUAUCCGUCUACCUCUCCUAUCUCUAGAGUACAUAGAGCUCUAUGGAACCAGUCCAGUGUGGUCUGACUACAGGAGGAACCACAAAGGAGGGAUUCCCCCUCAGAAGACACGCAAGACUUGCAUUGUAGGUGUAACAGAGGUGGUUCUGUAAACCUUGACCGAGACUUGUGGCAGCUCUCCGAGCUAUUGCCUAGGCUUUGGGGAGUGCACAGAUGAUCAGAGGAUGUCUACCAUGAUGCUGUCUGCUCUGUAUUAGGCUAUAUAACGCCAUAUUAUUAUUAUAUUCUCCAACAAACAGAUGUGACUGCAACCUCAACACUAUUUCUGUUUUGUUUUCAUCAGAGAGGAGACAAGAUAUGUGGGAACCCCUGUCCAAUCUGUCGAGACUCCAACGUCAUCAUCCACUAUCAGGUCUGGUCUCUCACUCAUGGAACACACACACACGAGAGAUGGAAAAUUAGAUGGAAUUACAUUUGAUUGGUUUUGUUCGGUUGAUUUAACAGGCUAUUAAAUGUUGUUUGUAAAUCAAUGGACCAUUGUCUUCCUGCAGAAUGUGAAGCUACUGCAACAGUUCAUCAGUCCAAAUACAGGCAUUGUGUAUGACCCCACACGGACAGGUAAGAUAUAUUCAAUUUAUCUAAUAUGUAUACAAUUCUAUGAAUGAAUCAACCAUGCUGAAUUCAGCAGGUGCUAUCUAAAUGCUUGCCGGUUUCAUCGAAAUAAGUUGUCUUUGAUUUGAUUGACUAAUUAACACACAGUUGACACACAAGAAACUGAGAGGCUGCCAAUAGGUGUUUCAGUGAUUAAAACAGUUCUGCAUAAAGUUAACAUCUGGUCCAAGACCAAAACCUUUUGCAAGGUUUCAGGUAACCAAAGUGCCACAUUUUAUAUUAUGUUCUUCUACAUUUUUAUCCAGGAGUGUGUCAGAAACAGCAAAAGCAACUCAAUCAGGCAAUUGGCGCUGCAAGAGACCAUGGUAAGUUCAGCCUCUGUGACUAAGGAGCAGAAUGCUAGAGCACUACAGUAAUAAUGGAGAAUUGCAUUUUUGUGACCAGCACAGUGCUUCAACAAGGCCACCAAAACAGAAAAUAUAGUUAUCUACAGUACAUUGUCCAUAUUCUUUCCAGGGCUGCUACCCUUCCAGGUUCCUCAUGUGGACUUCUCAGGAGAGGACUACUCCAACUGCCAUGACGCAGUGGGCUCAACCCCUCCUCCCCCCACCAUGACCUCUGGUGACCCUUGGUACCGGUGGUACCACACCAUACAGCCAGACGAGACUGAAGUGGCUAAAGUCAAGAAGACCUAUAAGGCCUAUUUGAAAUAGAUGCGAUAGACCUACAAGGUCUAUCUGAAAUUGAUGAGGGUGUAACAGAGGAAUUAUGGUGAAAGUAUGAGGAUUUAAUUUGGUGUUUCUGGACAUAGUAGAGCACAUUUGUUCAUAUAACGCCUCAAAUUAGUGUCAAAAUAAUCUGAUUGGUUUUGCAUGAUUGUUAGACAGUGUUUGUUUUUGGACCUUAAGCUAAAUUGCCUUUCAUAUUUCUUGUCUUACGAAAACAAUUGCUAAAACACAUCAAAUAUUAAUUCCAGCCCCUUCUCCUCCCAGGCUACAAUAUCAGCUCAUGUACAGUACAUGCUACUAUAUGGACCAUCCAUGAGAAAUCUGUCUAAUAAUCUGUUAUACAGUACCAUUCAAAAGUUUGGACACACCUACUC